UUAUGACAAGUGGGUAAUUUUAUUCAGCUUGUCCUGAGACAGCAGCUCACACCGUGGGAACACCGGAUCAUUCAGCGCUCCUCUUCCUCACUGGGAGGGUCUAGUGGCUGAAUGCCUGACUCUGAUUGGUCUAUAUCUGGGCCUCCUUUGCCAAGCCCACAGCACAAGUAGGUAUAUAUGCACUUCAGAUGCAGGAGUCAAAGGAAGAAGGAAGUUUGGGAUCAUCAAUAAUCCACCAGAGCCUGAUAACAUCCAUCUGAGACUGUGAGAUGAAGACCCAGCAGACUCUUCAUGUGGCCACUCCAGUGAGGCAGAGCCUCGCCCUCACCAAAGCAGCCGGGACCUCAGUUUACCUCAAGCUGGAUUCAUCUCAGCCCACAGGAUCAUUUAAGAUCAGGGGCAUCGGACACCUGUGCAAAACUUGGGCAGAGCGAGGAUGUGAGCGCUUUGUCUGCUGCUCAGGAGGAAAUGCUGGUAUGGCAGCAGCUUAUUCUGCCCGUCAGCUCGGAGUACCUGCGACUAUAGUCGUUCCAAGUGUUACACCAAACCCAACAGUGGAGAGGCUGAAGGACGAGGGCGCCACCGUGGUUAUCCAUGGCAAGGCUCUGAAUGAAAGCAUCGAAUACGGACAGCAGCUCGUGGCAAACAACCCCGGCUGGAUCUUCAUCUCACCCUUUGAUGAUCCCCUCAUCUGGGAAGGCCACACAUCUCUGGUGAAGGAGCUGGAGCAAGACCUGAAGGAGAAGCCAGGGGCGAUAGUGCUGUCAGUGGGAGGCGGAGGCCUGCUGAACGGUGUGGUGGAGGGACUGCGUCGCGUGGAUUGGGCUGACGUGCCCAUUGUUGCCAUGGAAACCUUGGGAGCACAUAGCCUCAACGCUGCGAUGAAGGCCGGAGAGCUGGUCACUUUACCUGAAAUUACCAGUGUUGCAACCACGCUGGGCCUGACGAGGGUGUCUGCACAGACUCUUAAACUGGUGAACGAGCACACCGUUUUCUCAGAAGUAGUCACAGACCAGCAGGCUGUAAAAGCCGUGGAACACUUUGUAGAUGAUGAGAAGGUCUUGGUGGAGCCUGCCUGCGGCGCUGCCCUGGCAGCUGUGUACAGUGACAUUAUCAAAAGGCUGCAGGACGAAGGCAAGCUGGCACAGCGUCUGGGCCCGGUGGUCAUCGUGGUGUGCGGCGGAAACAACAUCAGCAUGGAGCAGCUAAGGAGGCUGAAAAAGCAGCUCGGCAUUAUCUAGCUCCACCUUGGAUCCACCUGACCCUUUCCUCUAUUCCUCCAUCAGCUGGGCUUCAUCCAGAAACCUCCAUUACUCAUGUGCUCCACAGAUCAAAUCAUUCCAAGUUGUGAAACUCUCCUGAGCACGGAGACAGACAAACGUGAGAAAGAGGAGGCUGCUGGAGGGAUUUCUUCUUCUUUCUUAUGUUGUUGCUGUGGGAGAUGUAGUUUUAGCUACCACACCGGCACAUUUAGGGUUCUUUUGUUGUUCUUCUGUUUUUGUACUUUGAAUAUAUUUAAAAAUGAAUAAACGAUGUUUCUGAAUAUUCUGUCUGAAGAAUCAUUUCCCUGCUUUGACACUUUCCUCACAACAUAC